AUGGCGCAUGACACUUCGAAUGUGACUACACCGGUCUCAGACCCGUCACCAGGAAAUGCCCCGGCUCCGUUUUCUUCCUUAGGACCAGACAUCUCGUCCCCCAUAUCGGAAGGGAACAAAGCCAUCGAAGCCAAUGGGAAUUCACACAGCGUCCUGACUUCUCACUUGCCGUAUGGUCGAAGUGCUUUGACGAAAGAUGCCCCACCUCUUAACAAGUCGACCAGGAAGGCCGUACCCACAAUGGAUUCAUCAAGGGCUGGUACAGCUACAGGAAAACCAGAUAAGUCGGGUUCUCGAUCCGCGGCUGGGGAGUGGUCUGUCCCUCAUCCUAAGCGUCUGGCUAGAGUCGUCAAUGCUCAAACAACCUUGCCUGCUUCUGUGCAACGUCCGGAUAAACGUGUGAAGUCCAGACCCACUGCCGACGAUUUCCGCUCAACUGGUCGAGACGGAGCCGUGUUGGAUCCUGCGUUAUCUGCGGACGAGGACGAAGGGCCUCCACAAGUCAAUGAUGAGGUGGACAAAGGCCGUGUGGCUUCCAGUUUAGUCAAAAAGGCAAACCCAAUCGUGAAAAAGUCUGACAAAGCGACAAAGAAAACUGGUAAAGAGACGACCUGUACCCCACCCUUGGAGGAUUCUAUGGACAUCGAUGCGCCCUCAGUCGAAAAGCAGACUUUGAUCGACGUCAAUGACCCCUCUAUUAAGGUCGGUGCUCAUAUGGCUUCGAAGGUCACCUCAGCUGGUUUGCCUGGCGACAAGACGAACGUCGACCCACGCGCAACUAAGAAUUCUAAAGGUAGCACCUCACUUCCUGGUGCCUUGCCUUCUGAACGGGUGGGGGCCUUGGAUAGUCUCAGGUUUCGGAAAGGGCCUGCAACUGUGCCUUCAACUCCAGCCGCACUUUCUGCUGUUAAGCGCAAUCCUGCACCGCGCUCCGAAGGCACUCCCCUACAGAUUGCGCCUAUGGUUCUCCCGAAGGGUGUGAGCGGUCUCUUGCGCCGGGAGCCAGAAACGACCCCCCUCAAUCACGGACAGAUGACGCGCACUUCUUCUUCGACUACAAGCAUCAUGCCUGGCCUGCUACCCAACUUGGCUAAGGCUUCUUUGUCUGAUAUGAAGGAGAUGAGGGGUAUAUGGGUCCGAGACAAGGAGAACGCAGCCGCUAACGUUUCCGAACUACGACGAGCGGGGCACCACCUGAUAGCACCAGGGGCUUUUGAGUUCCAGGACAGGCACCUCAGAAUGGUCACUCGAUUUUGUUCUCAGCUGGAUGCUAAGAUUGAGGAGGCUGAGCGCGAUGGGAGAUCGGACGAGAUUGAGGUCAUCGACUUGACCAUGGACGACCCCGAUGAUUCUUCACUGAGGAUAGUUGGGGGGUCAACAAGCUCCAAGCGUCCUGUUGAUCAUGGGUCAGAGUCGAUGAAUGUUGAUGAUAGUCCCGUGGAGGCCAAGAAAGCUCGAACUGCAGGCAAAGAAGGCAAAGAUCCACUGGAUCUGGGACCUUAUGGCUUCAGAAACAUCUCUGACCGUGACGCCCUGGCCGGAAUAUCCCCUCGCUUCCCUGUAAACAAACAGCCUUCGCUCGCAGAAUUCAUCAGUCAAUCUAACCCCAGUCUCAUGCAUCCCUUGCCGUCCAAUAAAUCAUCUCGUCCGGAGGGUCCUCGUCUAGAGCUUCCUACAGCAAGUACUUCGACUUCAGCAAAGGGGAAGUUGACUCCGGUGGUCUUGAUCAACUCUUCGGCUGCUAUGAACCUUCGGUCGUCAGGGGUCUCUCGAUCAUCCGGUGUGGAUAUGGACAUCUCCUCUGCUCAGCCUGUUGGGGCCUCUCCCUCGUUUGUGGCUGCUACGAUUUCCAACGGGAAUGUCUGUGCGACCUCAGCUCCUUCAGCUCCCUCGGCCCCUCCAGCCAGCAAGAAAUCACAACAGUCAAAGUCUAUGCAUCCUGUCUCAGCUCCCUCAGCCCCUCAAGCCUCCAAUGUCUCUUCUCAUCCUACUAGUGCCGCUCCAUCCGUUCCCCCAGGCUCAUUGGAGACUUCUGAUCAAGCUGCUACUUCUAAGUCUAAGGAAGUGGCCUCAGCGACCUCCGGCCCUCGAGCUAACGCUCCCGACCCAGUCACACUUUCCAAGUCUAAGCAUAAAUCGUCUUCGACUGCCGUAACUCCUGCCAAGAAUCUGGUGCCUCCAGCUACGAAGAACUUGCCUGACAACUCUAACAGCAACUCCUCUGUCCAGCCUGGUUUGCCUCCAUCUGGAAGGGUCUUGCCGGAUUCGACCUUGCCUGACAAUUCGACUCAGAUCAAGGAUAAGGAAGUUGUUGACGAGGGGGUGGACGAGUUGGCGGAGCAGUCUGACAAAGAGGAGGGUCCAAAGAAGCGAGGUGGUAAAGGGAAAGGGAAGGCCCAGAAGAAGACUCCGAAAACACCAAAACCGCCGAAGACUCCCAGGCUUAAAGUGUCGGAAAUGACACCGGAACAGAAACUCGAGCGGGAUCGAAAGGCAAAGCAGAGGAAGGAGGAGAAGGAUAAUUGUGUGUAUGCAAUCCCUCCUCAACCAGGUGCUUUAUUAGCUCCAAUGUGGCCCCCGCUAACGUGCGAGGAGGCUCGGAUAGCUCACAAGGACAUGCUGGUCAAAUCAAGGAAUCCUCACUGGAACUACGGCCCCGAACUCAUGGACAGGGUGGCAAAGAUUGUGAAGGCUUUUGGAGACGAUUUCGAGGAUGACGAGUUUUACACGAAAAUGGAUAACUUUAAGCCUGACUUGGAAGCCAUCCAAGCCUUUGGCUUGGUGUAUAAGGAUGAGUUUUUGAACUUGAUUCCAACUUGCCCAAGGCUUGUGCAGGUGGACGCAGCCGAUCCGUUCUUCAAAGAAGGUGUUGUAGAUCUGUCGAUGAUUAAGGCGGCGCAUGACUCGGACGACAAAGUCAAGGCCUCAUCUUGGCAGUGCUUGUACGGAAUGAUGAUCAGGACGGAUGAGCACAGCGAUUAUACUGAGGAUCCGCAUACGGUCAAGGCGAUCGACUCGUCGUUUCGGAAGAUCCACACUCUCACCCAGUCUUGUUUCGACCACUUCCAUCACUAUGUUCUACCUAGCAACAAGCCGGUCUGCGACACAUCCGCAACUUGGAAGCAAGAUACGAUGUUCCAAUCUGGCGAGUUUGUAUUGGCGAAAAUCAAGGCCUUGAAAGCUGGUGCCCAGGGAACUGCUAGCCAUGGGAAUAAACGAACGGGAAACGGCCUUAUGAUCUUACAGAAACGGAUUUGGGAGACUCUUUUCUGCUCAGAAGAUCGGAGCAAAAGUCUGUUCAAAACCGGAGACGUGAAGGACCUCAAGGACUCUAAGGCUCUCAUUGACUGGGGGCAAGAUCGUCUGGCGGCCUUUGGAUCGAUGGCGAUUUUUUUCUUGUAUGGUGCGGCUGGUUGGUGGCAGUGUCUGACUGACUCCCACAACUAUAACCAAAAGGAUGUCUGGGCACUGGUGUAUAUUGCUGAAGCUAAGGCGGAUUGGCUUUACAAUAACGGUCACUACCACGAGAGGACCCCUCAAGACACGCCAUGGUACCGGAUCGAUGGCUUUGUGCGUUGGCUACUCCACAAGACUAACAUGCAUCUCAGACUCACGGCAACGACAGACACGGUCGAUUGGCAAGCGGCGCCCCGAUUCUGGAAUCAACAUGUGACUGAACAAACGAUUGCUAGGCUAGCGCUGCAAGACAUACUGGCUGAAGUCUGUUCGAAGAGUCCACGCAAGUCACUCAAUUUUAAUGGAGAGGCGGCGCCAGAUGUUGUGGUAGACAAAGAAGAUAAGCCACUCGUUGACGAGUUCCGAUCGACUCUUACCUGCGGUUGGAAUGCUACGAUUCGUGCCAAUGAAGAUGCAAUGACUAGUCAACCUGGGUCACUGAAGAGGAAGGAGAAGCUAACGGCGGCGGUGAAGAUGAAGAGGUUGCUAAUGGCGGUGGUGAAGAUGAAGAGGAUGCUAACGGCGGCGGUGACGAUGAAGAAGACCCUGACGAAACUCAGGAAGAAGGUGGAUUCAUCCGACCAAGUCAUAGCGGGCGUUCAGAGAACUCUUUUUCGACCAGGCGAGGUGGCACCCCCAGCGAGUCUUCCUCAAGUUCGGACGAGAGUCAGGUCAAG